CCGCCUGCCUGCUUGUCCUCAAUGAAGUCUUUGUCAAGACAGUGGAGCAUGAAGCCGAGAACAAACAGAGUGGAAUCCCUGCAGGGGCGACAACACACUUUGGCUACAGCUUCGUUCUAUCGUGGCUCGUCUUCGUCUUCUUCGUCCUGGCAGGCCUCAUCUUCCUGUUCAUGUCGCACAAGAAGAAGGCCGAGUACGCGGACAGCAACGACGCCAUGGAGGAUGAACCGAUGGAGAUCUUCCGCCGGUAG